GGUGCCCCGCGGACCGGCGGCGCUCUGGCUGGGCGGGUUCGCUGGUGUCGUAGACCCCGGUGGAAACGCGAGCGAAGGCGGCGACGGCAGUGGCCAAAGGCUGCGGCGUCCGGGACGUGUCUCGGGUACUCGCUGGCCCAUCGGGCGACGCGGGGAGACAUGUCGGAGCACGCGGCGCCUGCGGCCCCGGGGCCCGGGCCCAACGGCGGCGGCGGCGGCCCAGUCCCCGCGCGCGGCCCGCGCACCCCCAAUCUGAACCCCAACCCCCUCAUCAACGUGCGCGACCGGCUCUUUCACGCUCUGUUCUUCAAGAUGGCUGUCACCUACUCGCGGCUCUUCCCGCCCGCCUUCCGCCGCCUCUUCGAAUUCUUCGUGCUGCUCAAGGCCCUGUUUGUGCUCUUCGUGCUGGCCUACAUCCACAUAGUCUUCUCACGUUCACCAGUCAACUGCCUCGAGCACGUGCGGGACAAGUGGCCUCGUGAGGGCGUGCUGCGUGUGGAGGUGCGGCACAACUCCAGCCGCGCACCCGUAUUCCUGCAGUUCUGUGAAGGCGGUGCCCAGGGCAACUUCCCUGACCUGGCUGUAGAGCCCAGUGGCUUGGAGCUGAAGGAGGAGGAGGAGGAGGAACUGACCAUGGAGAUGUUUGGGAACAGCUCAGUCAAGUUUGAGCUGGACAUAGAACCCAAGGUCUUCAGGCCGCCCACUGGUACCAAGGCCCUGAAUGACAGCCAAGAGUUCCCCUUCCCUGAGACACCCAGCAAAGUGUGGCCACAGGACGAGUACAUUGUGGAGUACUCUCUGGAGUAUGGCUUCCUGCGGCUGUCACAGGCCACUCGGCAGCGCCUCAGCAUCCCUGUCAUGGUGGUCACCCUGGACCCCACACGGGAUCAGUGCUUUGGAGACCGCUUUAGCCGCUUGCUACUGGAUGAGUUCCUAGGCUAUGAUGACAUCCUAAUGUCCAGCGUGAAAGGCCUGGCCGAGAAUGAGGAGAACAAGGGCUUCCUGCGGAACGUGGUAUCGGGGGAGCACUACCGCUUUGUCAGCAUGUGGAUGGCUCGCACAUCCUACCUGGCUGCUUUUGUCAUCAUGGUCAUCUUUACCCUUAGUGUGUCCAUGCUGCUGCGCUACUCGCACCAUCAGAUCUUCGUAUUCAUCGGUGAGUCCCGGCUGGCUGCGGGGUGUGGGGUGGGCGGUCCCCAGACCCUCACAGGCGGCCCUGUGCCUGUGCCCGCAGUGGACCUGCUGCAGAUGCUGGAGAUGAACAUGGCCAUCGCCUUCCCUGCAGCACCCCUGCUCACCGUCAUCCUGGCCCUUGUUGGGAUGGAGGCCAUCAUGUCCGAGUUCUUCAAUGACACUACCACAGCCUUCUACAUCAUCCUGAUCGUGUGGCUAGCUGACCAGUAUGAUGCCAUCUGCUGCCACACGAACACCAGCAAGCGUCACUGGCUAAGGUUCUUCUACCUGUACCACUUCGCCUUCUAUGCCUACCACUAUCGCUUCAAUGGGCAAUAUAGCAGCCUGGCCCUGGUCACCUCUUGGCUUUUCAUCCAGCAUUCCAUGAUCUACUUCUUCCACCACUAUGAGCUGCCAGCCAUCCUGCAGCAGAUCCGCAUCCAGGAGAUGCUACUGCAGACCCCGCCACUGGGCCCAGGGACCCCCACGGUGCUACCAGAUGACCUGAACAACAAUUCGGGCACCCCUAAUGCCACCUCAGACCCUGCUGGCCAGCCCCUCGCCCUGGGUCCUGGCUCAGCUGGAACCAGCGGGGCCCCUGGGCCUGGGACCGGGCCUGCUGCGCCCAGUACCCUGGGUGCCAUGGCUGCCUCAGUGGCUGCGGCAGCCGGAGGUGACCUGGGCUGGAUGGCUGAGACUGCUGCCAUCAUCACUGAUGCCUCCUUCCUGUCCAGCCUGGGUGCCUCCCUCUUGGAGCGGCGGCCAGCCAGGCCCUUGAGCCCCAGUGGGGGUCUUCCCCGCAGCCCCCAGGACAGUGUCCCCCAGAGCGACUCCUUGGCACCCGACACAACCUCCCCAGUAGCCAGUGGGGGUGGGCCCGUCCCCGCACCCAGGACCCCUGCUGACUCUCCCCCCGAGGUCGGGUCCUGAGCUUGGCAGCUGCCACCUGUCCCUGGUCCCAGCUGGCGGACAUGACCUCGGAGUUCAUGGUGGGGAGGCAGUCCCUGAUGGGGCCAGGGCCCUCCCCUCCCCGAUUUGCCCGCCUGGGCUCUGGCGGUGGCCUUGACAUCAAUCAGGUUUGGGAGGGCCGGCCCUCCCUGGGCACCGGCCAGAUGUGUCCUGAUAGAAAGCUUAUGUGUGGUGGUCUGAAGGAGAGGGACAGCCACCGAAGGCUCUGGAAGGGCUCAGUGGGAGGUAAGGGGCACUGUCCAGGGGCAGGGCUCAGCAGCAGGUGACAGGUGGGGAGCGGCUGCGUCGGGCUGCGGGGCUCGGCCAGCCCAGCUGCCAGGUGCUCCCCAUACAGUGCCUUCUCCUUGGCCGCCCCUCCCUGCACCCUACAGCUUGGGGUUCCCAGGUGUGGAGCUGUGCUGCGGGCAUGGCCAGGGCCUAGGUGCCAAUGUCAGCCAGGCACUCGGGUGGCAGUGGGAGCCAGGUGCUUGGUGAGGAUGGGAGCAGCGUUCAUUCCACUCUAUUUAAUUGCAGUGUACAAAAUUGUGUUUGUAUAUAGAAUAAACUGUCUGUGGACAGCG